AUGAUAUCUAACACCACGGCGAAACUCGUUGUUAUCAUUCGGUUUAUCCUCAUUUCUGGACUCGCAACAACAUACUGCAUGUUCGUUGAUAAUUCUCAUAACAUGUAUAUUAAUUCCUUACUGGUGAUGUUCAAUGCACGGGAUGUAAAAGAGAAACAAGGAGGUUCAAGCUCGGGCUCACUGCCUCAUGGAAUAUUCAAAGUUCACGAUGAAGAAAGGAUUAUCAACACAAUACCGCUUUCUAAUAUUGGCCUGGGUAUGCAGAUGUUGGAUGAAUCAGCUCAUGAUCAAUCGAAGUUGGAGCUACAGUUUCAUAGUUCGGAGUAG